UCUAUUUGGUAAUCGUUUGAAUGAUUUAUGUUAUUUUAUCUACGUAAUUUGAAAGCUUGUGUUCUUUCUUUGAAAUUCAUAUUUAUCUUUCCCUUUUCAGAGUUUAGAGGGUUCCAGAAAAUGCAAGGAGGCAGAGGUGGAAGAUAUCCUUUCUGUAAUUUUGGUGGUGACCCCUUUGGUGGCUUUGGUGGUCCUAGAAGUUUAUUAUCCAACUUCUUUGGUGGAAGGGACCCUUUUUUCACUCGCCCUUUCGGAGGCCUGUUUGAGUCAAGCUUGUUUGGACCCAGCCGGAGUCCUUUUAUGGGUAUGCAUCCGACUGGGUUUAUUGAGCAUCGGGCUCCAGAGCCGAAGAGACCAAGGGGUCCAAUUAUUGAUGAACUAAACUCUGAUGAUGAAAAGGAAGAAGCAGAUAGCGGAAUGAAAGGAAAUCCAAGGAAGCAUGUUCAGUCGGAAGCCGAACCUUAUGUUGAGGUUCCAGAUGAUGAAGCCGAACAAUCUGUGGGAAGGAACCGACAUUUGCAGUCUAUGAAUGCUUACAAUAGUUCAUAUCAAAGACAACAGCAACAGCCUCAAACUCAUAGCUUCACAUUUCAGAGCUCUACUGUCACUUAUGGUGGUGCUAAUGGAGCUUACCAUACUUGAUCCAAAACAAGGAGGAAUGGAAGUGGAAGUGAUGGAAUUACCUUUGAAGAAAGCAAAGAAGCUGACACAGCCUCAGGUCAAGCAAGCCACCUGGUUUCUAGGGGACUUCACGACAAGGGUGGAUACAAUGCAAACCUUGCAUAACUUGAAUGAAGAUGAGCUUACUGGUUUUGAAGAAUCUUGGAAUGGAAAAGCCCAAAAGCAUUUGCCUGGUUGGUCUGGGAGUUUUAUUGGCCAAGAUACCAUAGGAAAUAUAUUUCUUACUAUAGUGCUUUUCCCUUGUAAUUUUGCUUCACUUAAUAAGGAAAAAAGGAAAGACCGUGGUUCCCCGUUCCUUCGAUUUUUUUAUUAUUUCAGUUGAUCACUUUACAAAUAUAUAGUUGGUGUGGAGGCCUGAAUAAAGUCAAGGCAAUGCUUUUUUUUUACAUCCUAUAACCUUGAAUCAUAUAUUUAGCUGCAACUUAUGUCUCAGGGGCUAACAACAGUGGACAGAAUAGGCAGGCAGGUCAGAGAGAGGAUGGGCACUUCCCUCUACUGAGCAUUCUCAGUCAAAAGGGAGGGUGAUGCCUGAAGCAAGAGAUGGGGGAAGGCCCUCACGCGGCCAGCACUCUGCAAGGAUGAAAGGAUCAACAGAUUUUAAAGAUGAGAGUUCCCGCACUCAAGGGAAGCGAAGGGCCUAAGUCGGAACACAUUGAGUAGAUCCUGUGGUAGAGGGCAUUGCCUCUUCUCAUAUAUCUAGUUUUGUAUGCUUGGCCGUUUCCAUCUUUUAGAGCUUAUUUUAAUCCUUAAUUUUAAACUCUUCGGUCACGUAUUAUAUGAUGCGUCUGUGGCAGUCCUUCAGCUUAAGGGUA